UAACCCCGCGCCGCAGUACGGGAUACCCUUCUACCUGCAGUACCUGGCCCACUGGCCCGAGUAUUUCAUUGUCGCCGAGGCGCCCGGCGGGGAGCUGAUGGGUUACAUAAUGGGUAAAGCGGAAGGCUCUGUGGCUAGGGAAGAAUGGCAUGGACAUGUUACUGCUCUCUCUGUUGCACCAGAAUUUCGACGGCUGGGUUUGGCUGCUAAAUUGAUGGAACUAUUGGAAGAAAUUUCAGAAAAAAAGGGUGGAUUUUUCGUCGAUCUCUUUGUGAGAGUAUCAAAUCAGGUUGCAGUAAAUAUGUAUAAGCAACUAGGCUACAGUGUGUACCGGACAGUAUUAGAGUACUACUCUGCUAGCAAUGGAGAGCCAGAUGAAGAUGCUUACGAUAUGAGAAAAGCUCUUUCCAGAGAUACAGAGAAGAAAUCAAUUAUACCUCUGCCUCAUCCUGUGAGACCAGAAGACAUUGAGUAACUGUAAGCUGUGAUUCUUGGGCAACUUGCUAAGAGUGUCAGGUUCCUUCUCCCCCAUCCCCCGGAUGAGAAAUCUUAGGCUCAGUGUUUUUCCCCAUGAAAUACCAAAAAGCAAUAUUGAGAAGCUUAUUAAUGCUGCUUCUGUUGGCAGUGGCUGCAUAUGCCUGCACUUAGACCACUAUUUUUCCUUUCAAAUAUUGGAAAUUCAGAGACUAUUAAAGUGGAAUUAGCUC